AAAAAAAAAAAAAAAAAAAAAAAAAAAAAAAGAAGUAAGUAGUUAAACCCAACCUGCUUGGGAGUUCUUGAUCUCCUCCUCAUCAUCACGUCUCUCCCACACCACACACACAAUAUUUUUGAAGAAGCAGCUGAGAGAAACACCAAUUGUCAAUUGACGCCUAAUGCAUCGACUGCUGCUGCUGGAUUCCCACGGCGGUAGCGAGACGAGCAGCAGCGGCGGAGAUGGGUACCUGAGGGACAUGAACUUCGACGCAAACAUGGUGAUCAUACUCGCCGCUCUUCUCUGCGCCUUGAUACUAGCGCUAGGGCUGAAUUCUAUCCUCCGGUGCGCCAUGGGAUGCGGUUUCGGGUUAUCAUCAUCUGGGGCGACGAUGGCCGACAGAACUGGACUAAAGAAGCGAGAGCUGAACAAGUUUCCUGUAGCUGCGUACGGGUCGACUAGCCUUGUGAAUAUAGCGGCUACGGAGUGCGCCAUAUGUUUGGGUGAAUUCUCCGACGGCGAGAGAGUCCGUGUUCUGCCCCCGUGUAAUCACAGCUUCCACAUGUCUUGCAUCGACACCUGGCUUGUCUCUCACUCUUCCUGUCCUAAUUGUCGCCAUUCACUCAUCCCUGCAUAAAUGAUUGGUGGUGGUUACUCCACCCACUACUACUAGUAGUAAGUAGUAAACUACUCCAUCACUAAUUACUAGUAAACUAGCCUAGUAGAGUUUAAAUAAACACACACUUCAUUAUUAUUCCUAAUUUUGGUAGCUUAUUGUUGUUAGUACUACUAAGUCAGUCAGUCUUCUUCACUUGUUGUUGUAGUAAAAUUAGUAAAUCAGAUACUUUACUGUUU